GUCUCACCCGAUUUGCGUACUUUUAUUUUUAGUUAUUUUUUUGUCACUUUUAGGAAAAAAAUUGAUAAACGUUUCUAUUCAGUUGCAGUUUGCAAAGAAUGCAACAAAAUCUUUUAUUGAUCAACUAAUGGAAAAACUCUGGGAAAUUUGGCAAAUAUUUGAAGAAGUCAACGAUAAAUGGAAGGCGUUCUUACCUAUUAUUUACAGUUAUUACGUCUACGAAACUUGCUUUCUCAUAUAUAUCGCCUUCUUCGUACGUCUUGACAUAAUUUUUCGUGUGGCAUUCGCAAUAAUUGCAGUGAUAUUUUUAACUGGAGCAAUAACAGUGUCGUGGGCAUUAUCAAGUUUUACCUCGAUUAUAUACGACAGUUUUAUCAACAUAGGAAAGUAUAACCAUUCUAUCUUCUCGCCGAUAUACAGAUUUAAAAUCAUUUGUUUCAUGAAGAGAUUCGGAGGAAGACCUUUCGGGAUAUCGAUGUGGGGAUUUUUUUACCUCAAAAGAAAUUUCUUUAUAAGGGUGGUGAGUGGAUUGUAUUCGUUUUUCUCUACUCUAAUUGAAUUGACCGGUGUUCUACGAAAUAAAAGAUGCUCUGCUGAAAGCUCUUUAAACUAUACGUUUAAGAAUAAAACAAAUUAUUGA